UGCGUCUGCCUUUUAUUGUUGGACACUUUCUUCGCAGCCGCAGUGUUGCGUUUGCUUGCAUCAUGCUUCCACUCUUCUCCAUAUGCAGUUUCCGCUCCACGCGUGCGACGUCUGUCAACCAGCCGUCUCGGUCGCAAAGGAGAAACACCACGACCGAAACCAACCAUUCCACCGUCAAGUCUGAAGGGUUACCGGAAGUGGACAUGGCUAUGGCACGGCCUUCGCGAUUCGCACUUGUUCUUCACGGCGGCGCUGGUGUGAUACCUCCCGACAGCCUUCCGCCACCCACGCGUGAAAAGUACGUCGUUGCUUUGAAGGAAGCCCUCCUUGCCGGCUACACUGUCCUAAAUGAGGGUGGAACGAGCCUAGAUGCGACUGAGGCAGCUGUGAGAGUUAUGGAAGAUUGUCCAUUGUUCAAUGCAGGCAAGGGCGCGGUAUUCUCUCGAGAUGGGAAGAACAUGUGUGAGGCUUCUAUCAUGGAUGGCCGAACGAUGAAAGCAGGUGCUACGACGUUGCUGACGACAGUCAAAAACCCAAUCUCUCUUGCCCGCGUGAUUAAAGACACGACGCCUCACGUUUUCAUCGCAGCCCCCGAGGCAGAAAAACUGGCCGCAGAAAGUGGACUGGAAAUUGUGGACCCGUCCUACUUUUUUACUGAACAUCGCUGGAAACAGCACCUAGAACAACCCGCUGAUAGUCCCGCCAUUAGUGAAUCCGCUCCAGCACAUUACAAAGAUCAACUGCCGUCAUACUCGGAAAAAGAUGCGGACCCAUAUCCACAGGGAACUGUGGGUGCGUGUGCGUUGGAUACGCAUGGUGAUUUGGCGGCCGCCACCUCCACCGGAGGCAAAACAAACAAAUGGACUUACCGUAUCGGUGACACCCCGCUCAUCAGUUGCGGCACCUAUGCCGAAAAUCGUUACGCUGCAGUCUCGGGAACCGGAAAUGGGGAGUUCUUUAUUCGUUACGCUGUGGCGUAUGAUAUCGUUGCACAAAUGAAGUACGGCACAAACGUAUCCUUGGCAAAAGCUGCCGACAAAACCAUUCAUGAAACGAUGAAGAAUGCCGGUGGUGAAGGUGGGGUUGUCGCGGUUGACGCACAUGGACGUGUCGCGCUCCCGUUCAACACUACGGGAAUGUAUCGCGGCUUUAUCAAGGAGGAUGGUGUUCCCCAUGUAGCAAUCUUCCACGGAGAGUGGUAUUGAGGCCUUACGGGAUUGAACCCGUCUCUCUAUUCUGUAUUAUUAGUUACAUAUGUAGAAUUAGUGCUACGUUAAGAUGGCAUCAAAUUUAGCAACCGAGAAUGCCAUAUGUCUUAGACCCAGAUGCAUGGUCUGCGUAUCAGAGCUCCAAUCUCUGAAUCCACCACUUUGCAAAAUCUGCAACACUACCGUAUUGCAGCACAACCUCC